AUACAUACACCACACACACACACGUAUCAUACACGUAUAACAAUUUCCGCGCGCGCGCGCAGCCACGGAGCUCGCGAAGAGCGAGAGCGAAGAAUUUUCUUUUCUCCAACACACAUACACACGCGCGCGCGCACGCAUACACACACACACGUUCUCCCGCGUGCGUGUCCCUUGGUGCUCCGUCGUUCGCGCACAGCGAGGAUCCAGCCGACUAUUCGGGGCUGAUCCUCGGUCCCGUGUUUUGUUUCUCGCACGUAUGAGCGUACUCGACAGUACGAUGUUUCGCGCGUCGCACGGUUUGUGAAGAGGAUCCGACAGAAUCUCCACGGAUUCCCUCGUCCCCGUUUUGGGCUCGACGGGAGGCGUGUGCAAAAACAAGAAGAACAAGAAGAAGACACGUUUUCUAAUCAAGAGGAAGCAAGCAGCGAGGGAGUUCCUUUUUAUCCCGCGGCGAUCCUAACCGAGCUGAGCUCGCAGGCAUCGAGAGAUAUAAAGCACGGUUCGAGAACGUCGAGGACAUCUCUCUCCCUCUCCCUCUCCUUCUUCCUUCCGCCUUGUGAAUCGCGCGCGAACGGCAUCGCAGGAUGGCAUCGUCCACGGUGGCCGUUCCGUCCGGAGCCACCUCGGUGCCGACGGUUACGAAUGGUAGUAGCAGCAACGGUAACAGCAGUAGCAGCAGUAGCAGUAGCAACGGUUGCAUCGUCGCCACGGCCGGUACCGAGGAGAUCGACGGUGGCGAUAUAUUCGGCGAGCGAAGUAACGUCAACUCCGUCGGCGGCUACAACAAUAGCGGCAAUCCUGGCGAUGCCCUGGAGGAAAUUGCGUGCGGCAAUGGAGAGGCCAACAAUCAGGGAUGUGCCCUCUGCAUGAGUAAGCUCUGCUCGCCCAGGGUGCUCUCCUGCCUGCAUGUGUUCUGUGAAGCUUGUCUGGACAAGUUGCUCAUGGACGAGGCUGGAGACUCAAAGGUGGGUUCAGUCAUAAGCUGUCCCAUAUGCCAUCAAGAGACUUCCGUUAGUUCUAAAGGCGCUGCAUCGCUCAUGUGCGAUUAUGUUCUCACCAAUAUAUUGGAUAUGUCCGCUAUCGAGAACAUGGCAGUACUGUGUACCUCCUGUAAGGCCAAAGAGAACGCCGUGGCACGCUGCUCUGAUUGCGCCAAUUUCCUGUGCCCAAAUUGCAACACGGCGCAUCAGUUUAUGCGCUGCUUCGAGCAUCACAAAGUAGUUGCCUUUGAAGAUUUGAAGCAAUCCAACGAAGCUAUCCCAAUACAUAAACCAAUAUUUUGCGAGUAUCAUCCUGCUGAGAAUAUGAAGUUCUAUUGUCAUACGUGCCAGGAACCUACUUGCAAUGAGUGUCUACUUGUGGAGCAUAAAGCACCAGAGCAUCAAUACGAACGACUGACAGAUGCAGAACCACGCCAGAAGGAGGAAAUAAUUAAUCUGAUGACUGAAAGUAAAACAAAAAUUGCUGAAUGUGAUCAGGUUACAGUACAACUGGAAAAUGCACUCAGCGAGCUGCAAGUACAACAUGAUCAAGCAAAAGAUUUAAUUAUAGAGACUUUUCAAAGUUACAAAGCUAUACUGGAGAAAUGUAAAGACAAUGCGUUAGCCGAACUUGAAAAAUUGCAUUCAAACAGAGAACUUGAAAUCAUGGAUGCUUUUCAUAGUGUUGAAAAAACCGCAGAAAAGAUAGAAGAUGCUUGUCGUUUUACCUCGAGACUUUUAGAACACGGCGACGCAGUGGAAAUCUUAGCACUUCGACGUAUUGUAGGAGCGCAAUUGAUGAAUUUAAUAAAAAAUAUGCCAAAACAUAAUGUAACAUUCUCUAUCGAAUUUCAAACCGAUUAUAAUCAAUUUGAAAAAACUGUAAAGGAAGUAUUUGGAAAAUUUCAUACUGAAAGUACAUUAGAAGUGAAAAAUCUUCCCGAACCAAUUUCAACAUCAGGUGUCUCUACAAAUCAACAAAUUGUUCAUACCACCUCAAUGGGUUGUCCUAGUUCUAUCAGCACAAGUUCUCCUAUUUCACUUCCUACAUCUAUGCAAUCCUCUUUUGAAGGUGAACCUUCGUUCGUCAUACCACCGACCUCGAGUCCUCAAAAUAUUCCACCUCCUCCACCACCUGUAUCUCUUCCACCAGGUACGGUUCCUAUCCAUGGAUUGACUAGUAUUCAAGAAUAUAAUCUACAACAACUGGCCAGCUUAGCAGAGAAGGUAGAGAUGGUGGGCGACACUGGUGUAGUUGGACCUAGCUCAAAUCCUAGUCCAACUCCGUCCUUUACUUUGGCAGACUUGUUUGCUGGAGACUUAAACCUAAGUUCAACGAGCCAUGCUAUUAAUAAUUUGCAAGCUCUUGCAAAAUUAGGAAAUACUCUUGGCAAUCAAGAUCUUGGAAGUACUACUAUUAAUGGUAGUGGUGGACUAGUAUUGGGACGUGGACCUUCACCAGCUAUUGUGGAUACCCCAAACUUGGGUCCUUUGGCUGCCAACAGUUUAUUAAAUGGAGGAUUUCAAUCAUUGUCCUCUUCCACUUCGCCGAUACUUUCACAGGGUGCUGAUGACUUAAUAGGUGAUUCUAUGCAUAAUAUGCCUGUAGUAGUAGGAAAUACUGUUGCCAAUCAUGUAGCCGGAUCAGGAACAGGGAAUUAUCCUACUCAUCCAAGAACUCAGAAUACAAAAUUGACGCCUAUGCAUAUCCGAAGUAAAUUUGGACAAUUAGGACCCAGUAAAGGGCAAUUUAAUUCGCCUCAUGGAUUCUGCCUGGGGACUGACGAAGAUAUUAUUGUUGCGGACACAAACAAUCAUAGAAUUCAGAUUUUUGAUAAGACUGGUACCUUCAAAUUUCAAUUUGGUGUUCCUGGUAAAGAAGAGGGGCAAUUAUGGUAUCCCAGGAAAGUAGCUGUUAUGAGAAAUAAUGGCAAAUUUGUUGUAUGUGAUCGUGGUAAUGAGCGAUCUCGAAUGCAGAUAUUUACAAAGAAUGGCCACUUUAUAAAGAAGAUUGCUAUUCGUUACAUCGAUAUUGUAGCUGGCCUAGCUGUUACCAGCCAAGGUCAUAUUGUGGCUGUUGACAGUGUGUCGCCAACUGUGUUCGUAAUCAGUGAUACAGGAGAUCUUUUGAGGUGGUUUGAUUGCAGUGACUAUAUGAGAGAACCAAGUGAUAUUGCUAUCAGUGGCAAAGAAUAUUUUGUUUGCGACUUCAAAGGACAUUGUGUUGUCGUGUUCAACGAAGAAGGUAAAUUCCUGCGUCGCAUUGGCUGUGAGAAUGUAACAAACUUCCCGAACGGGAUUGAUAUUAGCGAUGCAGGAGAUGUAUUAAUUGGAGAUUCACAUGGUAAUCGUUUCCAUGUAGCUGUCUUUUCCAGAGCUGGCUCUUUAAUAUCAGAAUUUGAAUGCCCAUAUGUAAAGGUGUCUCGAUGUUGUGGCUUGAAAAUAACUUCGGAAGGAUAUAUUGUAACACUGGCCAAAAACAACCACCAUGUCCUUGUAUUAAACACUCUUUAUAUACUGUGAAGUGACAUCAGACAAGUAAGUAUAUUAUAACUUCCUCCUACAAGUGGAAACUUCUUUGGAAACUGCUCUCAACGAAAGAUGGGAAAGGCAUGCCCAAAGCAUUACGUUCGAAUUUUGGGCCUAUUGAAGCAAUAGAAACAAGUGCAGCAUGCAGCUUUAAUAGUUAUAAAAAUAUAAUGCGUCCCCGUUUUAUGAAAGUAACAAUGUUGAAAACAAAAAAAAGCAGAAAGGUAAUGUACGUCUCCGACCAAGCAGUAUAAUAGUAACUUAGCAAUUUGCAUUUUGGUAAACUGCCAAAGUAAAUUAAAUUAACUAAGUGGAACCAGUUAUAAAGAGAGAAAGAGAAAAAGCAGUAAGCUAUAUCAACCAGUAAGCAACCAACUAGUCAGUUGGAUCGCUUGUAGUAGAGAAAGCAAUUUAUAAUGGCCUUCCGUCAAAAUUGGUUGUUAUACAUCAUUUUUGACAUGUCAGUAUUUUAAGUAUAUUUAUAAAUCAAAUUAUUCUAGUCUCCAUCGAGCACUUUCUACGCGCUCUGGUUUCGAUUCGUGCUCGGAACAAGACGUUCUCGUCCUGAUUUUUUAUUAAUCAAGGAUGUUUGUCUUCUUAGUCCUAACUGAUGCUUCAAGAUGCAUAUAAAUGCACAGAUUAUGUUUAAAAAAAGUUUUCCUUUAAGAGCUUCUAAAUAAUUAAUAAAUUCAGCAGGAUAAAUUUCACGACGAGAGGAUCAAAAUUUUUCGCUUAACAGAAAAACGAAAAAAAGAAUGUUGCAUGCUGCGAGGUAGUUGAUAGUACUUCCUGCUCUUAUCAUAUCGUAUAUUUCUAAAGAAGAAAAUGAAAACAAUACUCCUCAUUGCAGCAGGCACGAAGCUUAACAAGAGCUAUGUUCCUGAUUUCUUUCUGCGCGUUUGAAAAUGAUAGUUGAGAACAUAAUAUAAAAACAACGUUAAUGUGCAAGGAAUAGAUUAUGGUAUGUUGAAAAUCAAACAUUUAAUAUCUUAUAUAAAAAGUGUCGUACAGAAAAGAUACUUUGAGCGUAAAAAAAAAUGAAAUAAUUAUUUACACUUGUGAGACAAACGAGUAGAUCCCAUUUGUGCAUUGUUAAAAUUAGACGAGACACAUAAUGGUUACAAUAUUUACUCAGGAUGCUUUAUUAUGGUCCACCAUAUGAAUAUGAUAUAUAUGCGUGUGUGAAUUAUUGGUUCGUGGUGCUAGUGAAUAAUGUAUCCAUACCAUGUAAAUGUAUUUGUUAUAAAAUUACAGAAAUCGUUCCCGCGCAUUUUUUACAAUGCAGGGGAACGAUUUUGUGUAAUAUAUUAUAUAAGAUUCGUAAGUACAUAAUAUAUACCACCGGUAUAUCAUAGAGACGAUACUUUAUCUAUGUAAAAAAAAAAAA